AUGAUCACAGCCGCCCAGCGCACACGAUUGCUCACGGCCCUACCGCUUGGACGUCCCUCUCACCUAUGCACUAACAGCCCUGCGCUGUGUACCCGCCACUCCACCCCAGCGUCCGCUUCAAUUGCGCCCAUCACAGCCGCUUCACACCAGCAAACCAAGACACCUUUAGCUUCCGGCUCUCCACGACCACUAGCUACCCUUCUGUCCGUCUAUAAAUCGCCGCAACCGUCGCCAGCGUCUGCCUCUGCCACCUCUGCUCCCCCGCGAGCUCAAUUGACAUCUCGCAAUUCUGCUCGAGCAUUCCACACCACCACCGCCGUCUUCAGCAUGGGAGAAUCUCUAGGGCGACAUGUCGCCAGAACCAGGAUAGAAGACUUGGAGCGCCCCGCUCUUGACGAUCGCUCCUACAGAAUCACUACCCUCGCGAACCAACUCGAGGUCCUUCUCAUCCAUGAUCCCAAGACCGACCAGGCAAGCGCCGCCCUGGACGUAAAUGUGGGCAGCUUCAGCGACUGGGAAGACUUGCCCGGUAUAGCACAUGCGGUCGAGCAUCUGCUUUUCAUGGGAACCGAGAAGUACCCGGAAGAGAACAACUACAACAAAUACCUUGCCUCGCACUCGGGACACUCCAACGCUUAUACCGCUGCCACCUCGACCAAUUACUACUUUGAGCUCGCUGUAUCACAAUCGAAUAACAGUGGGACAUCUACGCCAAACCCCACCUCCGAGCAACUACCCGAGUCCAAAGAGCAAUCGCCUUUAUGGGGCGCUCUCGAUCGUUUCGGGCAAUUUUUCAUCAGCCCCCUCUUCCUCGAAGAUACCGUCGAUCGCGAGCUCAAAGCGGUCGAUUCGGAGAAUAAGAAGAAUCUUCAAAUCGACACAUGGAGACUGCAUCAGUUGAACAAAGCUCUUUCGAACCCUAAGCAUCCCUAUAACCACUUCUCUACUGGAAAUUGGAAAACUUUGCAUGAUGAUCCGAUAGCACGUGGCGUGCAGAUUCGCGACAAGUUCAUGGAAUUCCAUGCGCAGCAUUAUUCGGCAAACCAGAUGAAGCUUGUAGUGUUAGGUCGCGAAAGCUUGGAUACUUUGGAAGAAUGGGUCGAGGAAAUAUAUUCCAAGAUCCCGAACAAGGAUUUGCCCAACAAGCGGUGGGAUGAUGUUCCCGUGUAUACAGAGAAAGAACUCUUGAUUCAGACAUUCGCUCGGCCAGUGUUUGAGACACGGACCAUAGAGCUUUCGUUCCUCUACCGCGACGAAGAUGAAUUCUAUGAAUCGCACCCAUCGCGCUAUCUAAGUCAUCUCAUUGGUCACGAAGGGCCUGGAAGCAUACUCGCAUACAUCAAAGGUAAAGGAUGGGCCAACGGCCUUGGUGCUGGUGGCUCUACAAUGUGCCCUGGCAGUGGCCUAUUCCAGAUCAAGAUCAAACUAACCGAAGAUGGUCUCCGCCAUUAUAAAGAAGUUGUGAAGAUCGUAUUCCAGUACAUUGCCAUGAUACGUGAGCAUGAGCCUCAACAAUGGAUUGUGGAUGAGCAGAUCAAAAUCAGUGAAGUGGAAUUCCGCUUUAAAGAAAAAAGCCCGCCUAGCCGUACCACUAGUGCUCUCGCAUCUGUCAUGCAGAAGCCUUAUGACCGUAAAAUGAUACUCAGCGGACCCGCUGUGGUUCGAAAGUUUGACGCCCAACGCAUCAGCGAGGCUAUGUCCUACCUUCGCCCAGACAACUUCAGGUUCACAAUCGUUAGCGAAAACUCCUCCGUGGAGUGGGACCAGAAGGAGAAAUGGUACGGUACUGAGUAUAAGACGGAAAAGAUCCCUGCGGAAUUUAUACAAGAGGUCAAGGAUGCUUUUGAGAGCAAAUCACGCCCCUCCGAACUACACCUACCACACAAAAACGAGUUCAUUCCCAAUAAGCUAGAAGUGGAGAAGAAGGAGGUAUCACAGCCACUCAAAGCGCCCAAACUUCUCCGGAAUGAUCCUUCAGUACGAUUAUGGUGGAAGAAGGACGACCAGUUCUGGGUCCCUAAGGCUAACGUUCACGUUCAUCUGCGAACUCCUAUUGCGUACACAACAGCACGGACGAGCUUGAUGACUAGUGUCUAUCGUGACUUGGUUAACGAUGCGUUGGUAGAGUAUGUCUACGAUGCAGAGCUUUCAGGUCUUGUGUACGAAGUUUCCUGCGGCAGGACUGGUAUAAUGAUCUCCGUUGAAGGCUACAAUGACAAGCUUCAUGUGCUGUUGGAGAAGCUGCUCGUUCAAUUCCGAGACUUGGAAGUGCGGGACGAUCGCUUUAAGAUCGUUCACGAUCGCGAAACACGCGACUUCCGCAACUGGAAUUAUCGCCAGCCUUAUCAUCAAAUCGGAACCUACGCCCGGUAUUUCCGAAGGGACGGCGUCCACACGAUGGAAGAUGUGGCAGACGAACUAGAGACCAUUACGGCUCAGGACCUUCGUGAAUUCAUCCCCCAGGUAUUGAGGCAACUCCACAUCGAGGUUUUCGCACAUGGCAACUUGUACAAGGAAGAUGCCCUCAAGCUUGCCGAUCUAGUUGAACAAACUCUCCGUCCGAAGAUACUUCCUUUGAGCCAAUACCCCAUCACCCGCAAUUUCAUACUGCCUCCUGGAAGCAACUAUAUCUACGAGCGUCAGCUUCAAGACCCUGCCAACGUCAAUCACUGCAUCGAGUAUGGUCUCUACAUUGGUGACCGCCGUGACGACUUGACCCGCGCCAAAAUCAGUCUUCUAGCCCAGAUGACAGAUGAACCUGCAUUUAACCAGCUCCGCACCAUCGAACAGCUCGGCUAUGUCGUGUUCUCCGGUCCAACCGCCGGUGUCAUCUACGCCGGUUACCGCGUCUUGAUUCAGAGCGAGAAGGAUUGCAGGUAUCUGGAAGGCCGUAUCGAAAACUUCCUCACACAGUUCGAAUCGACGCUCGACAACAUGUCGGACGAAGAGUUCGAAAAGCACAAGAGCGCCGUCAUCUCACGGAAGCUCGAGAAGUUCAAGAACCUUGGUUCAGAGUACGAGUCCAUGACCAACCCUAUGGCGUCAGACAUAUACGAGUUCAACUUGAACGAAACCGACGCCACAAACGUAGAAACCCUAACCAAACCCCAAAUGCAAUCCUUCUACAAACACCACAUCACCCCGACCUCCCCGCACCGCGCAAAACUCUCAGUCCACCUCAUCGCCCAAGCAAAACCAAAACAACCCUCCCUCCCAGACCUCCUCAAACAAGCCCAAUCCGCCCUCGACACCAUCCUCAAAGCCGAGAAAAUCACCCCACCCACCGACGAUCCCGCCUCCACGGUCCUGAAACCCCGUCUAGACGCCGUGAAGGCGCCAAAGGAAAUCAAACCCGUCAUCGAGACGUACUUCAUCGAGGAUUUGGGACUGGACAAGAGCAAAGCGGACAAGGUCGUUGACGAGGUCAUGGCUGCGUUGGGGCUUGCCGAGACGGGGAUUGCCGGGAACUUGGACGCUGCUGAUGGAAAGGACAAGGACGGCGGCGAAGCUGUGGGACCUGGUAAACCGGUCUUCAUUACAGAUAUCCCGGCUUUCAAGGCUGGGCUGCUGGUUAGCACGGGCGUCACGCCUGGUGCGAAUCUGGAUCGGUAUAUGGAGGAUGCGGCGAAGCUGUAG